AUGGUUGGCAAACUCAACUACUCAAAGUGGGACAACCUCGAGCUCUCGGACGACUCCGACAUCGAGGUCCACCCCAACAUCGACAAAAAAUCCUUUGUCCGCUGGAAGCAGCAGGACAUCCACCAGAAGCGGGAGCAGCGAAAGCAGGAGAUCCAGCAGCUCAAGGCCGAGAGCGAGACAAACGAACAACUCAAGCCAAGAGUCGACGAGAUUCUCAAGCAGACAAAGUCUGAGGGGCCCGCAUACUACUCGCGAGAGGUGUCGCGCCUCUCGGCAGGGCGGCAGGAGCGAGGCAACAAGGACGGACCAAAUGGCCCCACCAUCGACGACAUGAUCCUCUCGCUGCUCCUGCAGAUCAACCAGGAGCCGUCGGUCAAGGGCAAGGAGCCCUCGGACCCUGCCCUCAUCGAGGGCCUGGCAGCGCAGCUCGAGCACCACUCGUCGCAGCUUACAAAAAGGCAGCAGCAGAUCAAGGACGAACUGGCCAAGAUGGAAGCCGAGGACGCCAAAAAGAUUACCAGCGACGGUAUCCGCGAAGGCUGGAGCAGCGGCCACGUCUCCAAGGCGGAACCCGAACCUGCGCCCAAGCCCAAGCCGGCCAAGCCGGCCAAGUCGUCCAAGGUGACGUCUAUCGAGACGCUCAACUCGCCCUCCGCUGCCGGCUCCUCGUCGCAGGCGCAGGCGGCCGACUCGGACGCCGAAGAGACCGACGACGAGGAGGACGUUCCCGAGGUCAGCACCUCGAUGCGCCAGUUUGCCAACCUCCCCUCGACCAUCCCCUCGUCGCUCGACCUAUCGGCCUCUUCCCUUCCCUCCUCGUUCAACCCGGCCAAGAACCUCAACGAAGGAGCGUUCGAGGUGGCGCUCAAGUUCCUCGCGGCGCACAAGGAGCUGCUGCGCGAAGACAGUGGCACCACCGACGCGCUGCUCGUCGAAGCGUUCCAGGCCGAGAUGCGCGGCGAGAGCGCCUACGCCCGGAGAUGCACCGAAAAGGGCCUCAUGAUCCAGUAUUGCAACAAGCUCGGCAAGGACGGCGUGGCGCUCUUCUUCCGAAAGAUGUCGUCGGGCGACGGACGCGCCUCGGUCGUCUACCUCAACGAUGUGCUGCAGACCUACACCCGCAUCCGGGACCGCUCCAAGGCGCUCUCGGAAUCCUCGGCCAGCGGCGGUGGCGGAGAGGGCGAAGAGCAGAUCCAGCUCGUGGCCGAGGACCCGUCGACGGUCAUCUCGUUCGAGGUGCCCGAUGGCCCAGCGCCAGAGCACAUCCAGCUCGAGGGCGAGGGCACCGAGGGCAUGGACCUGGACCGCGUGCGCGAGUUUCUCGACCGACGCUGGCAGAUUUUCUGCGGCUUCGACGCCGAGAUGCAGGAGGCGCUCAAGACAAAGGAGCUCGACAAGGUCAACCGCGUCCUCGGCAAGAUGAAGUGCGAAGAGGCCGAAAAGGUCGUUGGACUGCUCGACGAGGCGGGCAUCCUCAACUUUAGCUCGAGCGAGGUUAAGGACGAGACGGGGCGCUGA